AUGGCUUUGUCAAUACAAAUCGAUUGGUUUAAUUAUAGACAUUACAAAAUUAUGGAUGUCCCUGAAAAGCUGCAUAAUCAAGUGCAGCAAUUUAUGUUGGAACAUUUUCGUUCAUAUAGACUUUUUCAAGCGUUAAAGAUACAGCAAGAAGCAGAAAUAGAAAAAGAUUUCCUCAAAAUAGUAAAACAUAUUCUACAUAAUGAAUGCAGUAUAAUGGUAGUGGAUGGUAGAAAUAACAAUAUAAAAGGGCUGGCUUUACUUAAAUGCAUGACCCAGGAAUGGCGUUCCUGGACUGCUUUACAGAUAAUAAUAGAAAAUGAACGUUUUAAGGAGUUAUGCGAUUUGGUGCAGUGGUGUUUGCAGCAACAGUUUUUAAAAAUUUUAAACAAUCCUGGAGGCGAUACAUUACAUUUGUUUUCCUUUCACUUGUGUAAGGAUUUGGAGCAAGAUGAGAAGUUUAUGUUUCAGUUCUUUCAAACCAUUUGUGAGGUGGCUCGCCAUAUGAAUUUGCAAAGAGUAACGUAUCUGUGUUUGAGUCAAAGUGAUCGUGCAUGUCUGCAGUCUGCUGGUUUUGCGGAAAUUGUUAGAAUUAUCUAUUCUAUGUAUGUGUUUAAGGGCAGAAGACCUUUUGAUCGUUUGAGAGAUAUUAAUGAAAUGUAUGGUGGUUUCUAUGAGAAAAAGGUGGAACCUUUAAAGCCAUUUCAAGAUAUGAUAGUGAGGCAUGUUAAAGGAAAAGAGAUAAAAGAGAUUCCAAAGAAAUUAAAAGAAGAUUCAAAACAAGAAAAAAAGGAGACAGAAAAUGAUUAGAAAAUAUGUUUAAUAAACAAGAUUAUGAGACACUCAUUACCAAACUAUUACCAAGUAAUGCUGACGGUAUGUAGCAGUCUUUACAAAGUGUGUUAAUUAGUAAUGUUCUGCCAUCAAAAAGUAUAAAAAUUCUUUAAA